AGCUUUGUUGCAUUGUUUGAGGCCGUCACGCGCGAACACUGAGGCAACGGCGUCGCUCAGCCGGUUAGCCGGUUAGAGGUCGUUGCUCCUGAGGCGGGCGAGUGCUAGGCUCUCCCGCCGGGAACAGGGCAACCAUCUGCCUUCAGCCCCGGCAGAUCGACCCAGCGACAUGAGUUCCCCCGAUGAAGUGUCUGUUUGUGGGGCCGCUUUCGGCCUGGAGGGUGGGGAGCAGGCCAGUGUCCCCCUGGCCGGCCCUGGAGCCCCGCGGGUGCCCGUCCUAGGCAUUGAUGUGGGGGCGCCGCGGAGCGGCGAGGGCGAGGGCGGGCUGGCAGACCCCGAGAGUUUCGAGGCUGAGCAGGAAGUGAUAGAGGCGGGAGGGGCCGUGCUUUGGGGCCGGGAAGGCCGCCCCGGCACCCCGACCGAAGAGAAGGGGAACGAAGUGGACUUGGAGUCCCGCCAGGCUGACGAGUCUGUGGCCAUCGUGCAGCCGCUGAGCGACUCGGCUGGCCGGGGCGUCCGCAGACUCCAGUCCUCAGAAGGCCGCGAUGCCCAAGGGUCCACCGUGUGGCCGGACCUAGAAGCAGGUCCCAGUGUUAGAGGCGCCCUGACUACCUCUGCUGCCCCUCCACCGGUCAUUGUACCCCGGAAAGUCUGGGCCCGCGGGAAACCAAAAAGAGGCGCUAAAAGUAAGCUGAGCCUGGGCUGCAGGGCUUUCCAGCAGCCCUCCGUGGAAGGCCUGGUCGAGCUGCCUUCCGACCCCGAGUCACCAGAUGAGUUCAGUGAGAUACCGAUGAGGCUUCCAACGCCCAGGCCAGGGCCACCUUGCCUGCACAUGCAUCAUGGAGAAUUCAGCAGUGGGGACCCCAACACCAGAGCCCCCCAUGUUCCGGGAAACUCACGGGCCUGGGCCUUGAGCCAAGGAGGCGUCACACCCAGAGGCCAAGCACCCUCUAGUGACCAGGAGCCAUCUGUGCAUGCCCCAAGACGGGAAAGGCAGCAGCAGCCACCAGGAUCACAGGGCUGUGUUCGGUGUGCCGAGCUGCAGAGAGAGAGAGACGACAUUAAAGAGCAACUAGGUUGAAUCCAGCCUCGUCCUACAAGACAAGCAGCUGGUAUGUUUGGAGCUCAGGAGCUACAGCCAAGUUGGUUCCCUUUGUUUCUUUUUCAGCAACAACUUCCUCUUACCCCCUGCUCUUGUCCUCUCCUCACCCCAGUUUACAGCAAAUUAUCCAAUUAAAGUAGCUCUCAUAUUAAAGUA